AUGGCUUCUCAAAUCACAUCGUCGGGAUACAUACUCCGCGAUUCCAUCAAGCUUUUCUACGAGCGCGAGGGGAAGGCUGGGUCAAAGACUAUUCUUUUCAUUCACGGUCUCGGCGGGACAACGAAUUCUUAUCAGCCAUUAGUCUCCGACCUUCUUGAGUUUGACCUCGUCCGUUUCGACUUCUCUGGUCAUGGUCGAAGCUCGAUACCAUCGAGUUCUAGCGUUGAGUCGUACGUGGCGGACUGUGAAGCGAUCAUCAACCACUUAGAACUGAAAGAUAUCGUGGUCGUUGGACACUCCCUUGGCGGGCUCAUCAGCCUCCACCUUGCAGCCAAGCGCCCCGAGAUAGUUAAAGGGGUUGUGACAUUUGGCGCUGUCCGGCCAUUUCACGAGGCCAUCCAGAAAGCACUUACUGCCCGCUCCUCUAUUGUUCGAAGCCAAGGUAUGGUCGCAGUCGCUGAUACAGUCGUGUCAAAUGCAUUCUCGACCAAGUCCCUGGCCAGUCGCAAAGCAGAGGUUGCGCUCGCUAGAGAGAUGCUUACAAGGCAAGACCCAGAAGGGUAUGCUCAGGCUGUGGACGCUCUAGCUCAGAGCUCGGCCCCGGUAUGGAGCCAGAUCAAUUGCAAAGCUAUUAUUUUAUCUGGUGACGAAGAUAAGGUAUCUACCCUUGCGGUCGGCGCGAAUAUCGUAAGUGAUAUUGGACCGAACGCACACCAGGUAACUUGCAAGGAUACAGGGCAUUGGCAUAUGCUGGAGAGCCCUGAAGAGUGUAUCAAGGCUAUAAAAUCAGCCGCAAGCGAUGGCAGUUCUUAA